CGAAGAGAGCAUAAGAGCGGCGGAGCCGCAGCCUCGCAGCCCUAGGUAUACAUUAAUGGGUCAUAAAGCGUGGAUUCGUUAAACGAAAAUUUUCUCUACCAAGUGGCAUAGCAAUGGAAGGAAAAGUUUCUGAGGUCAGAAUAGAUAUGCCUCUUCCGAAAGAGACUUGCAGUAUAUGUAUCGAUGACAAUAUCAGUGCUAUUCAGAUGUUUUCUGUUGAUAUUUGUGGUCAUCGGUUUUGUUCCGAAUGUGUGAAACGAUAUAUUGAGGCGAAACUACUAGAGGGAAAUAGGCUUACAUGUCCUUAUGAUGGCUGCCAUCUUGAGCUGCGUUAUCAAAGUUGUGUCAACCUUUUGACUGAUGAACUAAAAAAAAUUUGGAAGCAGAGGAUCAUUGAGGACUUGAUUCCUGUAACGGAGAGAGUUUACUGCCCGAACCCGAGGUGCUCAGCUUUAAUGUCGGUAAAGGAACUCUCUAUAAUUAAAUCGACCGAAGAAUCUGGAGUUAGGAGAUUAUGUGUCAAAUGUCGUGAACCCUUUUGCAUUAACUGCAAAGUUCGGUGGCAUCACGACAUAACGUGCGACAAUUACAAGAUUUUGCAUCCAAAUCCUGUAGCAAACGAUACAAAGCUAGAAGCUCUAGCUAAUAAGGAAAUGUGGCGACAAUGCACAAAGUGUCAAAACAUGAUUGAACUUUCUGAAGGAUGCGCAACUGUACAAUGCAGAUGUGGACAUACGUUUUGCUACCGAUGUGGAGCCAAUGCUGGAUGUUGCCCUCAUGGUCAUAACUUUUAUGAUUUGAGGACUGGACGUCUAUUGUAUCGACCAUGGUGUGCUGCCUUGUGGACUCUCGUUUUGCUUGUGGUGACGGUUGCUGGUAUUGUCGCCUCUGUUGUUUGUAUUAUUUUACAUUUCGUCAGAAAGAAAUAG